AUGGAUGAUUCUCAUAACCUCUCGGGAAAUAUCAUUGGAGACAAUGCAGCAAUUUUUCAGGGUAACUUCAAUUACAACGCUGAUUACUCAAGCCUAGAGACUUCUUUUCUCGAAAAGAUCAGCCGAACAGAUCCCUUCUAUGAUAAAAAACGAAUCCUAGAUCUCAAAGGCCCCUUGCUUUACGAAUCCUUUAGCUGGAUUCUAAAGCAUGACGACUUUAGCAAGUGGACCAAUAGUAAAGAGAGCGGUGUUUUCUGGAUAAAGGGAGAUCCUGGGAAAGGAAAGACAAUGCUUCUUUGUGGCAUCAUCGACAAUUUGGAGAACAUUUCCGGAAUCCACUUCAGUUAUUUUUUCUGCCAGGCCACAGACUCCAGGAUCAAUACUGCCAAGGCAGUUGUUGGAGGCUUAUUACGGUUUUUCAUCGAGCGACGCAGACAGCUUCUUGGACAGGUCUGCGAAACGUUUAAAGACAAAAUGGACCAACUUAGCGGACCCAACGCAUGGGAGGUUCUGUGCGACAUAUUUGAGAUGGUAACUCAGGAACCAUCUCUUCCAGAUCCUAUUUGUAUUAUUGAUGCACUUGAUGAGUGUGAACACGACUGCAUGUCACUUCUAAAACUAAUCGUCAAGACGAGCCCUCGCGUCAAGUGGCUAAUUUCGAGCCGAAAUACCAAAGAUAUAGAGCGGAGAUUGCAGUCAAUUGACCCUUCUCGAAGACUAAGCCUUGAGCUAGGGGGAAACGCUGCUUAUGUCUCCCACUCGGUUGACGCAUAUAUCAACAGAUCGAUACACACUAUUGAGGCACUGGAACAUAACGAGGAUCUUCGAGCUUACACAGCCAAUAUUCUGAAAAGCAAGGCAAAUGGCACAUAUCUCUGGGUUUCCCUUGUGAAGGUCUAG